AUGUUGAUGAUUAAAUUGUCUCAAAGGACAUGUCCAUGUCCAUGUCCAUGUCCAUGUCCAUGUCCAUGUCCAUGUCCAUGUCCAUGUCCAUGUCCAUGUCCAUGUCCAUGUCCAUGUCCAUGUCCAUGUCCAUGUCCAUGUCCACUUCCAUGUCCAUGUCCAUGUCCAUGUCCAUGUCCAUGUCCAUGUCCAUGUCCAUGUCCAUGUCCAUGUCCAUGUCCAUGUCCAUGUCCAUGUCUUGUCUUGUCUUGUCUUGUCUUGUCUUGUCUUGUCUUGUCUUGUCUUGUCUUGUCUUGUCUUGUCUUGUCUUGUCUUGUCUUGUCUUGUCUUGUCUUGUCUUGUCUUGUCUUGUCUUGUCUUGUCUUGUCUUGUCUUGUCUUGUCUUGUUUUAUCUUAUCUUGUCCAUUCUUGUCACAUUAUUUUAUUCCCUUAUAUAUGUCUUCUGUCCUGUCUCAUUUCUUGUUUUAA